CAGAUAGAAGAAGAAAUCGCCUCUCGCCAUGGCCACAACUGCCUGGAAACCGACGGAAUCCUCGAUGUCGUGAUGCACCGCGAAGCAGUAGAUCGCCACCGAUGGAUCGCUCCAAAAAAAUUCAGAUGAAAGAAAAAAUUGGAAUCUCUAAGGGCAGAGGAUCAAGAACCAGUCCCAAUCACUUCCUAGAACUUUGUGAAGAUGUAAUUGCUAACAUCCUUCGUAGAUGGGGUGUUUAUGAGAUUCUGAAAAAUGCUCAAAGAGUUUGUUCGUCUUGGAGAAAAAUCUGCAAAAAUCCCUCAAUGUGGUGUUCUAUCGAUAUGAGACAUUUGGGUUUUCAUGGACACCUUGAGGCCAUGUGCCGUCAGGCAGUAGAUUGGAGCCAAGGGCAACUGAUUGAGCUCUACAUUGAUCAUUUUGCUACAGAUCAAUUGCUUCUUUACAUCUCUGAGAGAUCGAGCAAACUCAAGUGUCUUCAAAUUAGGCAUUGCAAUAACGUUGGAGAUGAGGGAUUGAUUCAGGCAUCCAAAAAUUUUCUUCUACUGGAAGAACUUCACCUGUUUCGUUUCACGAAUGUUUACAAGUCCAUUGAACACAUAGGUCGGAUGUGCCCGUUGUUGAAGUCGUUCACGUUGUUCUCAUUGGACAGCAGGUUUAUGAGUUUCUUAUGUGAACAAGAGGAAGAUGAUGAGUUUGACUUUGAUUUUGUAUCACUGGCUAUUGCAAGAAAUAUGUCUGGCUUGCGCCACCUUCGACUUUUGGGAAAUAGUAUGACGAAUUAUGGCCUGGAAGCCAUUCUUGAUGGGUGUCCUAAUCUUGAGUCCCUUGAUAUCCGGGGAUGCUUUGGCGUUUUGCUACAUGAAAGAAUUUCUGGAAGAAUUGCUCAAAAAAUAAAGGAUUUCAAACACCCGUUUGAUAUGUCGGAUGCUCGGUACUUGGAAGCUGUUAAUUCGGGGUCUUGCAGUUCCAGAGAGGAAUUUGAUUUGCACUAUGGUUAGGGGGGCAAUUCAAACAGGAUUUUUGGAUUUGAUGAUUAAGUUUAAGGUCUUUUAUGUUGCAAGGUUUAGACACUUUUUUGGGGUGUUUUGAAGUAUGCAGUAGCGCAUAAAUGUAAGAAUCCAAAACUUAAUAUUUUUGGUGUUUUCUAUGACUGGUGACUUAUGUUGGUUUGAUUCUUAUUGGCUUAUAUUUCUCUCAUGUUUUAGUGUUUUCUUUUCUUCUCUAAUAACCUAACAACAAAGUUUUUCAUAUCACCUUCUUUACUCAUCCCUUUCUAAAUUCUUUUAAACAAAACAGUGCAUUAUAAUGAUUUUUUUAAAGAAAUAUUUGCACUAAAUAGCACUAAAACUUAGGUAAUUUC